AUGUCUCCAUCACUGCAAUCUCGCGCCAAAGGUGCCAUCUGGGGCGUCUGCGUAGCAGACGCACUCGGCGGCCCCGUCCAAUUCAGAGACGCGGGAACAUUCGAGCCAAUUACAUGCUUGAGAUUUGUCGCGCCUUUCAAGCAACCAGCUGGAUCCUACUCCGACGACGGAUCUAUGACUCUAGCCUUGGCAUGCUCCUUUAGCAAAUCCAAUAUGCAAUACAACCACAAGCUUUCAAUCCAAUACUUUAUCGAGUGGAUGACUAAAGGUCAUUUCAGCACUGUCAACCACUCAUGGGAUGUAGGACGCUCUACUCGCACCUCCCUUCGGCUGUGGGUGCAGUUUGGCAUGGAGGAGGGAGAAUUCGAACUUGCCCAGGCGAUGGUCACCGAAAGAUUGGAUCACAACGAGUUCUCCGGGAACGGAAGCUUGAUGAGGAUUGUCCCUAUUGGGUUGGUUUACUGGCGAGAUUCUGGUUUGGCGAGGGAAAUCGCCAGAAGACACAGCCGGAUCACCCAUCCUUCGCUCGCAUGUGUGGAAGCCUGUGAAGUGUACACGCAAUUGGUGUGUGGAGUUCUGAAUGGUCAAACGAAGAAACAACUCUUCCACACAGUGUCCACGUUCCCGUUUACUCAUCCUACUCUGCAACUGCGGUUGUCCCGGCACAGAUACAGGACGCUUAGUGAUUGGAAGGCCAAGGUGCCCAGUGAUGUAACGAGUAGUGGAUGGGUGGUUGAUACACUGGAGUGUGCGCUGUGGGCAUUUUUCAAGUAUGAUACAUGGAAGGAUGGGGCGCUGGCAGUUGUAAAUCUGGGUGGUGACUCGGAUACUGCAGGCGCUGUUUAUGGCGGUCUUGCGGGCUCGUACUAUGGGUUUGAUGCUAUUCCUGGUGAGUGGGUGGAUGGGAUGCAGAAUAAAGGGUUGAUUGAAAGUAUUGCUGGAGCUCUGUCUGAUGGGGUGGCUUGA